AUGACUAGUGACGAUUAUGAUGACUUCCAAUUGUUUAGAUACACACCUAAUCAAGGUGCCGCAAGAUUUUUUGCUGUUAUGUUCUGUAUAAUAUGUGUCAUUGUCGUACCGGUAUUCGUAUCAUAUGGUUGUAAAAGUAUGAAGAAAGUAUCGAGUUUCCUGGAUGCUAACACAUCCGUCUCAUAUUCUAUUAAAUAUUAUAACAGAACUCAAUUGAUCGGUGCAUAUGUGCCUUUGUUUUUCGGUAUUGGUUCUGAAAUUGCAGGUUAUAUCUGUAGAAGUAUCUCUACAUUGCAUCAAGAAGACGUCUCUCCAUAUAUCGGUCAAUCCAUUUGCCUAUUGAUUGCUCCUACCUUCUACACUGCUACAAUCUAUAUGCUAUUCGGUAGAAUGGCUCAUUUAUUACAAGCAGAAAAAUUAAUGAUUAUGCCUGCUAAAUAUAAUACAACUUUCUUUGUUGUAGGUGAUGUGUUCAGUUUAUGUUUACAAGCUGCCGGUGGUGGUUUGAUGGCUAACGAAUCCUCUGCCACUUCUGGUUCAAACAUCGUUACAGCAGGUCUUUUCGUCCAAAUUGCAUGGUUUGGUUUAUUCAUGAUAAACGAAGUCUAUUUCUUAUUCAAGUUAAAGAAAAUGGACAAUCCAAUUGCCUCAGGAACAAAGACAUGGAGAAAUUUGAAUAUCAUCCUAUUGAUAAACUGUAUUCUGAUUUUGUUGAGAUCUAUUGUGAGAGCCAUUGAGUUUAUCCAAGGUUACAAAGGUGAGAUCAUAUCACAUGAAUGGUUCCUAUAUGUCUUUGAUGCCGUCCCAAUGUUUUUAUUGCCUGUCAUCUUUGUUACAUUUAUUAGAAUUUCUAGUAUAUAUAGAGUUCAAGAAGAAUCUGUUGAAAUUCAAACAUCUUACAAUUUUGAACCAAAGACUUUAGAUAUUGAUCAUGUUAGCACAACAAUUACAAGAAGUAGUUCUGACAUGAACCAGGUGACUAAUUUCGAGGUUGAAAAUAAGGUAUAA